GAGGAUGAACUCGAAAGGGAACUAAUCGAUGUUAUCGACCUCACCGGGGACGAGUAUCCGGUACGGUCCCGUCAACCAAGACUCCCAAGACCUGUCGAUCCCGACCUUAGUUUCUUUGUCCGGAACGAUGGAUUCCGGUUAGAAACCGGUAUAGUCGUUGAGUUGUUACACCCUCUUCGUGAUAUUAUUCGAUUCUUGAAGAUACGGAGGAUUGUUCGUAGUAGGAUCACGGGUGAAACUCUUCUCCGAGGCUUUCCAUACGCCAGAGCGAAGGAGCUUCGCGGGUUCAUGUCACGAAAAUUGAACGAGGUCUGCAUGGUCGUGCAUAUAAACAACGCCGACCCCCGUCAAUUUGAGGAGCAAGCCCUCAUCACCAUACACCCCGACAAGGUGUUGUGUGAACGAGAGAUGCGAACAACCAACUCACCGUUCCCAAACUUCCGGUUCGAGGAACGUGAGUUUCGCGAGAAGGGAAGAAACUGGAUUAAAAAUGAAGGCCUGCUUGUCUGUCGAUAUAAAUACAUCGAGUACUACAACGAGCAGAUGGGGAAGUCUGCAGCUGCAUCCAAGAAAUGCGAGUGGGCAUUUAUCCAUUUCACAGAAGACGAAGCAGACUCAGACUUUCGGUUGUCAGAUAGUGUCAUCGCAAACAACUGGCGAGGAGAUCGGGUCCGGGGCGGUUCUUACCUGCCUGACUGUCAGACUGGAGGCCGACCGAUUCUGAUCGAGGAACAUGGCUCCCAUGACGGUGGUGGCCAGGAGUUCCCUAUCAGAGCGAGCCUGAACCAGAAAUAUUCUGCCGGAGAUGUUUUCGCAGGUGCCGGCGGUGCUUCUCGUGGAAUUGUGGACGCGGGGCUUCGUCUCCUAUUUGCCCUUGACCACUGGCGGCCUGCCACUGAAUCGCUCUCCUACAACUUUCUGAACACCGAUAUUCACGAAAAGGACGUCACCGACUUUAUCAGUGACACUGCAAUCAAGUACCGAGUGGAUAUCCUCCAUUUAUCUCCGCCCUGUCAGGUUUGGUCGCCGGCGCAUACCGUAGCUGGCCAGAACGACGAAAUGAACGAAGCCGUGCUGUUCUCGUGUACGCAUCUGAUCUCAAAGACCCGCCCACGGGUUUUUACGCUAGAGCAGACAUUUGGCAUCCUCCAUCAGCGCUUCGAGCAGUUUUUCAAUACCCUGGUUUGCGGUUUCACCGAUCACGGCUACUCUAUACGGUGGAAAGUUAUGCACUUAGCCUCGUACGGCCUACCCCAGCCGCGGAAGCGGCUGAUCAUGAUCGGCGCCGGCCCUGGAGAGAAGCUACCACCCUUCCCAAAACCCACCCACAGCGUGAGCAAUGCCGAGGGACUGAAGCCCCUGGUGACAGUACGUAAAGCUCUGGCCCAUGUCGACCGCCAGCAGGGACAUCCGCACCACCGCAAGGGGCGGUACCUUGUUGAAAAGACUGCUUGGGACCCUAACCAGUUGUUGAAGUACACAAUCACUUGCGGGGGUGGGCUAAACUAUCAUUGGUCUGGAAAACGUGAUUUCACGCUCCUAGAAUACGCCAGACUCCAGGGAUUCCCCGUGGCUCACGAGUUCAGGGGUUCGUCGGUCAAGAAGCAAAUCGGGAACGCAUUCCCGCCGUCAGUGGUCAAAGUGUUGUACCAGCACUUGACUGCGUUCUUGGACGAACAGGACCAAGUGACGCGG